AUGAGCAAGCCGGCGGGAUCAACAAGUCGUAUUUUAGACAUUCCCUGUAAAGUGUGUGGGGACCGCAGCUCUGGAAAGCACUACGGAGUUUAUGCCUGUGACGGAUGCUCGGGUUUUUUCAAACGGAGUAUCAGGAGGAAUCGGACGUAUGUCUGCAAAUCUGGAAACCAGGGAGGCUGCCCAGUGGAUAAGACGCACAGAAACCAAUGCAGGGCUUGUCGCUUGAAGAAGUGUUUGGAAGUCAACAUGAACAAAGAUGCUGUACAGCACGAGCGAGGGCCCAGGACGUCUACUAUCCGCAAGCAGGUUGCCCUGUAUUUCCGCGGCCACAAGGAGGAGAACGGUGCAGCCCCUCACUUCCCUUCCGCCGCCCUGCCUGCCCCGGCUUUCUUCACGGCAGUCACGCAAUUGGAGCAACAUAACAUGGAGCUGGCGGCCGUGUCCGGCACCCCGGAGAGACAAACAUUGGUGGGGCUGGCCCAGCCCACGCCCAAGUAUCCUCAUGAGGUUAAUGGAGCCCCCAUGUAUCUCUAUGAAGUGGCCACUGAGUCUGUAUGUGAAUCAGCAGCCAGACUCCUUUUCAUGAGCAUUAAAUGGGCCAAAAGUGUUCCAGCCUUCUCUACUCUAUCUUUACAAGAUCAGCUGAUGCUUUUGGAAGAUGCUUGGAGAGAACUGUUUGUUCUAGGAAUAGCACAAUGGGCCAUUCCAGUUGAUGCUAACACUCUACUGGCUGUAUCUGGCAUGAAUGGUGAAAAUACAGAUUCCCAGAAGCUGAGUAAGAUCAUCUCUGAAAUCCAGGCUUUGCAGGAGGUAGUGGCCAGAUUCAGACAACUUCGGCUGGACGCAACUGAAUUUGCCUGUCUCAAAUGCAUUGUCACUUUCAAAGCUGUACCUACACACAGUGGUUCUGAACUGAGAAGUUUCCGGAAUGCCGCGGCUAUUGCAGCACUUCAAGAUGAAGCUCAGCUAACACUUAACAGUUAUAUCCACACCAGGUAUCCUACUCAACCUUGUCGCUUCGGGAAACUCUUGUUGCUUCUGCCAGCCUUACGCUCCAUUAGCCCAUCCACAAUAGAAGAAGUGUUUUUCAAAAAAACCAUUGGCAAUGUUCCAAUUACGAGACUGCUUUCAGAUAUGUACAAAUCCAGUGAUAUCUAAUCUCUGCUGAACAUACACGGUCUUCAGGAUGGACAGUGUCAGAUGAACUUUUACCUUUGGAGAACAAGCCUCAACUAACAAAACCUUCAGGAAGCAUAAACCUGGGAAUGUGUAGCCUUUCGAGGAAAAAAAAAAUAAAAGAAUUAAUUGGCACAAGACUAUUCCAGUAGAUAUGACCUGCUGCCUCUACAGAAGUUUGUAGACCUGAAGAAAGGGCAUUGCUUGAUAGGACACCCAGAGCGGAGAGAACUCAUCACUUUACCUUCUCCCUGGGAGGGGCUCAUGAUCACUGGUUGCCACUGGCCACGCUAUUCUAUCACUCACCAGGAAGAUGAUUCUGACAUAACAAAAGCCAAAAUACAGUAUUUCCUUUUUCCUUUUCAGUAUAUGAAGUUGGGUUACCAAAAAUUACUCUGGAGAUAAUACAGUGUACUACAGCCUUCAGAAAGUAAUUUAAGCUAACAAAUUUGUUCUGAGUACAGGGGGCAACAUUCUAAAUCAAAUACUUCACCAAACAUUUUCCUUCUGUUGUAGACAUCAAGUGGCCUUCAUAAUGAACUGAAAAGUGUUUCAGGUGAUUGAUUAUUUCCCCCCCUUUUUUGGCCAUUGAAGGCUAGGCAACCCCAUCGAACCAACUGGUGAACAUAGAUGACUCUCUCAUCAGGACUGCAGUUUGGAUAACAUCUCAAAGACAGAAGAGUUUAACUAAAAGAAUACAAGUCAAAGAAGGAAGAAUAAAACAGCAAAACCAAAUAAAGCAGAGAUGUCUCAUGGAGUGAGCGGAUUGCUGUCCCGUUGGCGUAGUGCUGAAACCAAAGGCAAUGGGGUCCGAACUCUUGGUCCAGUGAGACGUGCAGAACAGCAACUGAAUAUACACAGCAUGCUAGAAUGAACUUCAAAGAGAUAGACACUAAAAGGUUUCUUAAUUGAUAAACUGCUAACAGUCUCUGAGACUCUACAAUGCCUUUCAGAAAACUUU